AUGGUAAGUUACCACGUUGUUUUAACAAGUUGCAAAUAAGAUCGGCCAAUUUGUUUUUUUUAGAAAUCUUUAGGUACUAUUAUGGUGGUGAUAAAAAUCUUGCUAGCUAAUAUAAAACAAGAAAGAAAAUCCAUAAAUUUUUGCCCAAUUAAGAAAUAAACUAACAAACAAACUAAACAAGCAAGGUAAAACAAAAACAGUUUACGCCCGAUGUGUACUAUGAUAAUUAUGUGUUGUAAGGCAACAACAUUUCGGACUUAAAACUAUUGCAACAAGUCUAAUGCUUGUUUAACCAUUUUAAAAUCUAUGGCUGGUUUUUGAGAGUUCUUCUUCGAAAUGUAUGCAUGCAUGAAACAUUUGCUUAUUAUAAGUAUAUUAUUAUCGUCAUUACAAUAAUUACUAUUUUAUGUCAGACAAUUGAUAUAUUCAAUUUUGCUAUAUUGACAAUUAAUUUGUCGAAAACCUACCUUAAAUUUUUUCCUUGACGGAAGUACCGUAUGAAUGAAAACAUUUCUAUUUGUGUUAUGUCUAAGGAAUUCAGCCUCGAUAUAUUUUUCAAGCAAGCCUGGAACGAUCCAAGAUUGGUCCACGAACUUAAAAAGCCGAUUCUACUCUCUGGAAGUGAAAAAAACAAUUUUUGGCUUCCUGACACCUUCUUUUUAAAUGUAAAGACAGCAAAAUUUCAUCAUGUACCUGCAGCAAACAGCAGAAUUGCAAUAAACCCAAAUGGAGAUGUUGAACUCAGUGAAAGGUAUGGCGUGGAUGAUUUCCUGAUGGUUUUGUUAUUUUUAUUACAUACCGUGAAUUAGUUAUAAAAAAACUUAUGUAUUGAAUAAAAAGUGUAAUCGAAGAAGCUUUCAAUUGACUACUCGGCCAAUCAAAUGUAUAACUGAACUUAGCUCCAUAAUAUGCAAUCAUCGAUGAGUGCAGGCUUAAAGGGCAAACAUAUGUUUUCGCUGUGUUUAUUUAGAAGGCAAAUAAGUACCACAGAAGGUUUUAAGAAUGAUGCUUUCAUUUUAUAUCUUUAACGAAGGUAUUUCCUUGAUAGCGUUGCUUAUAAUUUGUUAAUAUAUUUAUCAAUUUAUCUAUUUGUUUACCAACUCAGUGGAACUUUCCUUUUUGAAGGUUGACAGUUUCUGCGUCCUGCAGAAUGGAUCUUAGAGACUACCCUCUGGAUACACAGACAUGUAACCUCGAAAUUUUAAGUUGUAAGUGAUUUUAUACAGCCUCAUGGCAAGUAUAUAUCUUGGGCCUUUAAGGCUAAUUUAUCAAUCUUAUUAAAACCAAGCCUUAAGAAAUUUAAGAAAUUUGCAGAAAGUGAGAAUAUGUGUAAGAAUUAUAGAUGUUUACGAAACGUAGUGAUGUCAUCUUUUCUCAUUGCUGCCACUUAUUUGCAUUUGCAUCAUGUGGUUUCUUAUGCCCAAAAUUCGCAGAAAUUAACUUGGGAUCAGAAAAAAAAUGCUAGAGUCAUGAUUUUUGAAACUGAUUCAAGAAGAAUAUGAAAACGUUUGGCAUAACAAGCCGAGUUUCGAAAAAUGCAUUAAUGUAUCGACUGGCGCCAAUCUGAUGACUUGCACCGAAAAGUCUUCAGACCAAGUCAGGGCCGGAAAUGUCCUUUUUUUCUCCAAUUGCUCGAUCUGAAACUAUGAACUUCUCAACGCAGCCAUUUCCCUCCAUUUUAUAUCUCGAUAGGGUUGACGGUCCUCUCGUUCAAGCACUCUGACGACUUGCCAACGGUCUUUUCAGUUAUAUAAUAUAUUCCAUUUUCUUGAUAGAUUCUUACGAUAUAAAUGACAUGGAUUAUCAUUGGGAUGACGCACAAGCGCUUAUCAUCUUGGAUGAUGAGAUGUCAGAGUUUGAGCUUGCCGAUGCCCAAAUUGAGAGGAAACUCGUGGAAUAUGUCAUAGGUAUCAUUUAUACAACCAGAUUUGUCAGGUCAAAGCUUUUCAUAAAUAUCCAUUAGAAUGUCUUAACUUAUAAUUAUAUUUUGAUACAUUUGGAUACAUUCUAAUCUUACAUUAUACUUUGAUACAUUAAAUUCGUGCCAUUUAUAAAGAGUUGUAUCUCAUCUUGAAUAGAAAACAUGCGCUGAAAAGUAAUAACGUAGAUUUAGGUACACUUUUGGAUAUUUACUGAAAGAAAAAUUAUAUACAUUGCGGAUUUAGUAACCAAUGGCCACAGGUGUCUUCUGCGAUUUUUCUUCCGUGAGCUGACUCGACUAGGAUUUGUUAUGCACCGUGACCCUGCAUGAUUUCGAUCAUUGCAAACAGGACCACGAUUAUAACACAACGUAAAGCAAGAACAGGGCACGAAGCGAUGUGACUGUAAAGGAGAUUUCUGACCAUACUAUGCAUGAUAGACUUAUAACUAAUACAAUUAUUUUCCAGUCAAAAAACUGACCUCUCCUAAACCGUUAUUACAAGUGUCGGUAUGCUUUUUUUCCAAUGUGCACUCUUGGUUAUUUAGGUAGCGACUAAUUUGAAUCCGGUAACCUCUAUCAAAUGAUAAACGUUGCCGGUAAAAACACUUGUACGGUCUGGGUCAAUAAUCUGAGACUUAUCGCGCCACUUCGAAGCUUCUUGCUGGAGUAAAUAAUCGUAAUCUUGAUUCCUGAAAUGUCUGUCUCAACAGAACUCUGUUUGUGUGUCAUUUCCUAAUAUUUCAAUUAUUUAUAUUUAUUUUAAUUCUUUUUAAUAUUAUCGUUUUAUUUUUACAGGUACAUAUACUCACCUUGUGGCUAAGUUUGUCUUUCGAAGGAGGCUGGCGUAUUCAUUUAUCCAAAUUUACUCUCCGACAUUUCUUAUUGUGGUUCUCUCAUGGCUGUCGUUCUGGAUCUCUAAAGAUGCGGUCCCUGCAAGAGUUGCCCUUGGAAUAACAACAGUGCUGACUAUUGUUACACUCAUGGGUUCUCUCAGGAAUUCCGUCCCUAAGGUAUAGUCCACUUGCUUGACUUUUAUGGUGAUGUACUCAUGACUAAAGCAAUGUCUUAGUUCUAGGUUACAACAACCUGCAGGCUACAACUAAAUCAGUUGAUAUUAUUUGCAUAUUGUUUAUUCAAAAUAUUUCGGUUUGUGAUUGGUUUAAAUCCUCUGGCUAAUUCUUCAUAACUCGCUAGAGCUAGCGUUGACCACGUUUGGAAGACGUUUGCCGAUGUUAUUACAAAUGAAGUAAAUUGUGCUGAUAUCGACGAUGCGGCAGCUUAGCUUUUGUUGCAGAGCUGGAGAAUUAAAGUAGCGGGAGAUUAAUCACUUUUGCGAAGAAGGAAUUACCAAACUUCUAGCUGUAAAAACAUAUUAAGGAUAGGAAAAAUACCAGUCAUUGACAACUUCUAUUUAAAGAAUGUCUGCUGAAAAAAAAUCCCAUCAUAACAUGUUGAAUAUCCCUUCCCCAGGAACAGACAAAUGUUUUAAACACUGAAACUGUUUUUUUACAUAGAAUGUAAAUCGAGUUAAGGUGGCUGAUGGGAUUUUUUGGGGUCAAUACCUCUCAUGUUUAAGCGUUUAAGCUACAUCACAAUUAAAGGAAAUUUGGGGAAAUUACUUCCACAGGUGACGGUAUUAGAUAAAGAUGAAUUGAAAAUUGUUAUGAACCAGGUCAAUGGCAUUAGAGUUGUCAUAGCAACGAAAUGACGUCAUCCCUUUUUUAUUAUUUUACUCGCAGCCGUAUUUAUCGGCACAGGGAUUAUAUUUUACUUCCAAAGUCUAUCAUGGAAGCCUUUUCCACUAAUAGCUUUCCCACUGUUUGUAAGGUUUGAAUGACAUUUUUAAGAGCGUUGGAGAUAUUUUGGGAUGAGGUGUUUUUGUUGGAAAUUCAGUAUAAAUCUGAACAAUCUUGAUGUUCGGCCAUUAUCAUUAGAGAACGAAGCGCAGUUUGUAUCAAUCAUGACAAUACAGUCAACCCUUUGAUUAAGCAAGCACGGCCAAAAAUGCCAAUUUAAUUACCUCUCAUUGGUCGCUUAAAAGUGGUUCUCGUUUUUGGUGUUUUGGAUAGGUCAGUGCUCAAGUUGGCCGCUCACAAUGAUCCUUCACAUGGGAGAAUAGCUUGACAUUAGACAUUUGGCGACGCUACCACUUGUUUCCCCGGCAAAUGACGUCUGAGAAACGACCGCAGAAAUUCCAUACUGAUGACGCGUCACUACCCAGAUCUGGGUAGUGCUUCUGAUUGGUUCAAUCAAAUUUCCCACGCGGCAUGACCAAUCAGAAGCACUACCCAUAUCUGGGUAGUGACGCGUCGUCAGUAUGGAAUUUCUGCGCUCGUUUCUCAGACGUCAUUUGGCGGGGAAACCAGUGGUAGCGUCGCCAAAUGUGGGCUGUUUUCUCAGGAUAAUGGGAGAACUGACUGUAAUUUAAAACUCCCAUAUCCCUUUCAGGUUUCCUAUAUCAAAGCUAUCGACUCUUAUUUGAUAGUGUCGUUCAUUUUUGUCUUCGGUGUACUUCUGGAAUAUGUGGCAGUUCUUAUGCACAGCGAAAGGAAAAAAGCAAAAGCUAGAGGGAAGCGUUCAACAUCAAAAGACUAUUCUAUGGCAGAAAUGGAAAUAGAAACAUUCCACGCCAAAGACUCUGAAGUAGUUCCUAGGUCACAUUCUUCGCAUAGUUUGCCGGCAAGACCUAAAUCAGCUCAUGGUUUUCCCCCUCGAUCACCUUCAUCCUACAGUUUACCUCAAAAAUCUGCUCUUCGAAACUCUUAUCCAAGACAGGUAAAGAAAAGCUAACAAAUAAAUUAAGCAUAUUAAAUUAAUACGAUAACUACUGAAACGCAACAGAGCAAAUCGUGCAACGAACCUAAUGAAGCGAAUUUGCGAUAAGACACGUCUGCUAUGAGGCACAUUUGACUUAAUUGAAACGAACUUUUAUUUGACCUUUAAAAUGUUUGUUUAUUUGUUGUUCUUUUUUGUCUUUUUCCGUUGUUGUUAAUCACCAAAAAUCUUUUAUCUAGGAAACGUUAAUGAUGACUAUAUUUGUUAACUUACAGAGCGUACCUGGUCCGGCUAUUCAACACAG